UUUACCCUAUUUUUAAUUUUAUUGAUAAAAAUUUUGGGGGUUCCUUCUCUUUUAUCACAUUCAUUCUUCGCACCCAUCAAUUUUUAUAUUUUCUUUUUUUUAAAUUGUUUUGUGAUCUAAAUUUCUUUCUUUCUUCUAAAUAUUCGCUACUAAUAAAUAAAUAUUUCUAUAAUGUCUGGAGGGGGGGGGGUAGGAGGUUGUUGACCACCACCAACCAAACCAUUCCUUCCUUUCCCUCCAAUUUUUAUUGUCUUCUAACCUUUCAUCGCCACACACAAAUUGCGUCGUUUAGCACGAGAUGAUUAUUGGUUGUGGCGGGUGUGUUAAAUAAGCCUUUAGGGUAUGUGAAAGAUGGAAAGGCGAUGAUUGAAGAAAAAUUCGAUUUGAUAAAAGGAAGAGAAGGGAAUGUGGAAAAGGAAGUAGAGAGGGAGGAGGUUAAGAGAAGGGAGAAGAAAAUGAAGGAAGUUAAAGGGAAGGAAGUGAGGAAGUAAUCAGGGAAGGGAGGAAGUAAUCAAGGAAGAGAGGAGAAUGGAAGAAAAAGGAUGCAAAGGGGAUGAGGUUGAAGAUAUGAUUGGAAGAGGAAGAAUUGAAUCCCAAAUUCCAAAUUCCAUUAUUCCAUUAGCUUUAAUUAAUGUCCAAACGGGGAAAGCAACAAAUUAUAAUUGGGCAAGUGGGGGUUGUUCUAUUUUAUCUGAAUUUGGUUCAAUUGAAUUGGAAUUUUCUUUUUUGUCUAAAAUUACUGGAAAUGAUACUUAUUUGUUAAAAUGUAGAAAAUUGAGAGAAUAUGUUAAUAAAUUGGAAAAACCUGAUGGGCUUUAUCCGAAUUACUUAAAUCCAAAUACUGGUAAAUGGUGUCAAAAACACAUUUCUGUUGGAGCAUUAGGCGACUCUUUUUAUGAGUAUUUACUUAAAGUCUGGCUAUUUGACGAAAAACGUGACAAUAAAUUAUGGGAAACUUAUAAAAAUGCAAUUUUGGCAAUAGAAAAUAAACUUUUAUUUAAAUCAAAGCCUAGUAAUCUUUGGUAUUUUGCUGAAAUGAAAGGAACGAGAAUUGAACAUAAAAUGGAUCAUUUGGCUUGUUUUACUGCUGGAAUGUUUGCACUCCAAUCAUUACACGAAACUGAUAUUAAUCAACGAGCACAUUAUUUAGAAUUGGCUGAAAAAAUUGGAGAAACUUGUCAUGAAUCGUACAAUAGAACAAUCACAAAACUUGGCCCAGAAUCUUUCCGUUUUGCAUCAGAUAUUGAAGCUAAAGCUGUCCGUGUCCAUGAAUCUUAUUACAUUCUUCGUCCAGAAGCUGUGGAAGGAUGGUUUUAUUUGUGGAGAGUAACGGGUAAACAACAAUAUAGAGAUUGGUGUUGGGAAGUUGUUGAAGCAUUAGAAAGGCAUUGUAGAGCAACAGCUGGAUAUACGGGCAUUAGGAAUGUUUAUUCUUUACCGGUCGACCAAGAUGAUGUCCAACAAUCAUUUUUCUUGGCUGAAACACUCAAAUAUUUAUUUUUAACAUUUAGCGAUUCAAAUAAAAUAUCGUUAGAUAAAUGGGUCUUUAAUACUGAAGCACAUCCUUUCCCUAUUGAAAUUUAGCAAUUUUAUCAACUUUAAGAAAACGAGCAUUACUCAACUCUGAGAGGGUAGCUAGCAGGGAUGGGACUAGUUAGAGCUGUCCGAGAUCCAAGACCAAGACUUAAGACCCAAAACCAAGACCGAAAAGAACCCAAGAAAAGUUGUGAGUCAAGACUCAAGACCAAGAGUCUCGGACAGCUCUAGGACGGGUUAUUGGAAACCCGAUACCCAAAAUCUUGUGUUUUCUUUCGACCCGAAACACGACCCGACUUAUUUCUCAACCCGUCCCAUCCCUGGUAAGGUAG